CGAGCAGUCAUACUACAACAGUGACUCCUCCGGCACCACCACGCCCGACGAGAGAGGCCCUGGGUAUGUGGCCAUUAGCGGCGGAUGCCCUUUUUGGGAACGCUGUCCUUGUAACGAAGACGGCUGCUGCUGCUGCCGCAUUUGCGUGUACAAUAGUGGGCUAACUACCUGGGCAAUGCGUUACCAGACCGGCGCCGUCUCCUUCCAGGCCCCAGUUUCCGAAUGAAGCCCGCAGCGUGUCCGACCCCGUCGUAGCCGUCCAGCCUCCCGGGGACUCUUCGUCCAGUCAGUCCUCGACCAUGGCUGGCUCGGGGAGUGAGCGGGCUGAGCCCGCGAAAAGCGCGCCGAGGAACUCGUCUAUAGAUUCCGCCAUCUCGGCCAUCUCUUCGAGGUCCAGCCUCAACAAGGCGUCUCAGGACGGCGCCGUGAACAAUACCGACAUCGCGCACCUAAUCAAGACCGCCGGCAGCGCCGAAGCAGUCAUUCAAUAUUUGCUAAAAGAAAAGCAAUCGCAAUCUCAACAGAACGCGCAGCUCUGGAGGCUGGUUGACAAGCAAAGAGCCAUGAUACUGGGCCUGAACAAAGACCUCGAGCGAGCGUUGAAGGACAAGGAGAAAUACAGGAAGAAGCUGAAGGAGGUCUUGGAGGGGCAGGAAGCGCCCCCAGCACCUGCCGGAGCGGCACCAGGCGCGCAAGGAGCGGGCCAGAACGGACUGGGUGAUGGUGCUGGGACUUCGCCAAAGGAACGGGUGCUGGAACUCCCACUAUCCCCGACGGCGCCGGAGGCCAGCAGUUUGAAGCAGUCGCCCAUCGACGUAUCUUUGGCACCGUACCCCAUAACCCCUCCGGCGGAUCAGGCGACUUCCGAAACUGCCCGGUCGACCGUCGGCAAGAUCCUGGACCCUUUGCAUACAAUGCCGAAGCCGAGCGAGCAUGCACUCGGCCAAUUCGAUCACGAAGCACAGGAGCGGGAGGCCGAGGCGGCUUCCAAACGGGCGGAGGAGGCUAAGGAGCUUCCCAUCAACAUCAGCCUCCCUCCCUCCCGAACCGUGCCCCGCGAGCCGCCACGGAUGCCUCCGCCACAACCCCCCGUCGGACUGCCAGAUCGGUCGCCGAAACCCGACGAAGGUGUGUCGAAGUUCCCGCCGCCUCCUGCGCCACCACCGCGGAGGCCUCCACCGGCACCAUUGCAUCUGAAGAACGCGAAGCCGAAGCCCAGCGUUGCUCCCGAGGAGGAGCCGGAAACGGACACCGACUACGACCACAUCCUCGAGGUGGAUGAGUUGAACGAGGAGGAAAGGAGGGGCCGACGCAGAACACGAGAGGAGGACGAUCGGGACCGCGCAAUCUUGGCCAGGAAGGAGGCUGAGAUGCGCAGUUUGUCCAAAAAAAGCAAAAAGAGCGCCAACCGCAAGGCGGCCGACAAGGAACAGGCGUCUCCGGCCGAGGCCGAGCCGCCAGCCAGUCCAAGGCUGGUUCAGACAACCAAGAUCCUUUCGCCCCGGGAGCCAGCAUCUCUUGCCGGUGUUCUGAGCGGCAGGCCGGACUCUCGGGGAGUCGGGGCGCCCUUGCUGAGCCCAGGCCUCCCUUCGAGCCCGAGACCCAUGGCUCUGCGGUCUCCCAUGAACUCGCCCCCGCUCUCCCCUCUAGGCGUCUCAGGCUUCCCUGGGGCGCCGUUAUCCCCGCGGCCGCCGAGGGCGCCCAUCCCGUUGCCGCCAAAUACUCCGCUUCAAACCCCUUCCCCGGCGGCGGGAGAGCCUUCGGCGUUGAAGUCACCCCGGCCGCCUAACAAUAUCAAGCAGGGAGAGCAUCCUGGUUUCGUAGCGCCGAGCCCCACCAAGUCGAGCACCGAUAGCCCGGUAGAGCGGACGAAGAUCUUCAAGGGGUUUAUGACAGAGGAGUAUCCGGACCUGUUGCUCCCGCCAAACGCGCUUCCGUCCAUCGACAUCAAGGUUGCGUCCUCGCGUAUGAAGCCCUCCCGGGCUAGCCUGCUCUCGUUGACGCAGCUGGAGGAAGACCCCGUCUUCACCCUGGCCGUGUAUUCGAGGGCUGACGGCGGGGAGCUGUGGCGGAUCGAGAAGGACACGGCAUCGCUCGCCAAGCUGGACCAGAGGCUGAAACAAUGCCCCAGCUUUACCGCGAAGACGCCGGACCGGUCGCUUUUCAGCGGUCAUGCGCCGGCGAAACUCGAUGCCCGGCGCAAUGCCCUGAACCAGUACCUGGACGAGUUGCUGAAUACGCCCCUGGACAAUGCGACGGCGCUUGAGCUGUGCAAGUACCUGUCCACCAACACCCUGCCUCCGAACGCGGACGAGACCGGGAGUUCGGUUGGAGAUGGUAAUGCGGAGUCGCAGAAACUCGGGCCAGGCGGGCGUCCUUUCCGCAGUGGCUACCUGACGAAGCGGGGCAAGAACUUUGGGGGGUGGAAGGCACGGUAUUUCGUGCUCGACGGCCCGCAUCUGAAGUAUUACGAAACCCCCGGGGGCGCGCAUCUGGGCACCAUUAAGCUCCAGAGGGCUCAGAUUGGCAAGCAGGCCCAUCACACCAACGAAGGCUCGCCAGCGCAGAGCGGUCCGACGGACGAGGGCGAUAAUCAGUAUCGCCACGCCUUCUUGAUCCUGGAGCCGAAGAAGAAGGACCCGAAUAGCAUGACGAAGCACGUCUUGUGUGCGGAGAGCGACAAGGAGCGCGAUCAAUGGGUGGAUGCCUUGCUCCGUUGGAUCGACUACCGGGAUCCUGACGAUGAGGAGCCACACCCGAAGAAAGAUCAUGCGCAUGCAGACCGGCAUGGCGGCGAGCGCGGGAACGGCAAGAAGAAAGCACACGGCCAUGGGAAGCCACAGCCACCGCAGCAUGCGGCUAGCGCUGAUGAGGACCUGAUUGGCGUGAGCUACGAAGCCACAAAACAGGGGGAUAUCCCGCAAGGGGCGCCGUCCAAGGGCAAGCAAGCCGGGCAGCAAGAUCACGAUUCGACGCAGAGCCAGUCGACGACGGCGUCGUACACCAUCUCGGCGCCGCGGGAUCCCCAACUGAUCUCGAACUCCGAGUCGUGGGGGAGCAAGCUGGGCGCCGGACUCACACCACCGACGCAGGAAGAGAAGAAAGCGAGGAAGCGCAGCUUCUUCGGCUUCGGACCCAAGACAAGGACGUCCAGCGACGGCCAGGACUCGCUCUUUGGCAGCGAGAGCGGCUCUCAGCCCACCAAUCAGUACCACGGACCGGUCCGGCCAGUGUUCGGCGCCACGCUGGCCGAAGCAGUCCGGUAUAAUCCUCCUGCGGAUGUAAGGGUGCCGCUGCCUUCUGUGGUGUACCGGUGCAUCCAAUACCUGGAAGCGAAGAACGCCACGCUGGAGGAAGGUAUCUUCCGGCUCAGCGGAUCCAACCUGGUCAUCAAGCAGCUCAGGGAGCGGUUCAACACGGAGGGCGACGUCAACCUGCUCGCCGACGGGCAGUACCACGACAUCCACGCGGUCGCUGGGCUGCUGAAGAUGUACCUCCGCGAGCUGCCGAGCACGAUCCUGACCAACGACCUGCGUUCGCAGUUCGUUGCCGUCACCGAGAUGGCGAACCACAAGGAGAAGAUGGCGGCGCUUGCCGAGCUGGUCGAGCGCCUUCCGCAGGCCAACGCAGCGCUGCUCAAGUACCUGAUCGCCUUCCUCAUCAAGAUCAUUGACAACUCGGACAUCAACAAGAUGACGGUGCGCAACGUCGGCAUCGUCUUCUCGCCCACGCUCAACAUCCCGGCGCCGGUGUUUGCCAUGUUCCUGCAGAACUACGAGGCCAUCUUCGGGAUCGACCCGUCGGAAUACGAGCUCCCGCUGACGGAGCCAGAGUACCCGCAGGAGCGGCGGCCUUCGCUUCCCGCGUCGUUCCAGGAGCGGCGGCCAUCGGACGGGCGGCCGUCGACGUCGCACAGCGACUCGCCGCACAGACAGCGGCUGAUAGACGCCCUGGAAGGGCAGGGAGGCAACAGGGGCACGCCGACGCCGCCGCCGAUGACGAUGCAGCAGAUGGCGCAGAUGAACGCGGCGUCGAUGCACGCCAGGAGCACGCCGACGCCGCCGCCGCACAUGCGGCCGGCGUACGAAGGCAACUUCGGCGUGCCGCCGUCGGGUUUCGAUCCCAGCCAGCUGCCGGCCGGCGCGCCGGCGCCGCACCGGCUCAAUCCCGGUUACGACCGGCCGCUGUACGAGAACGGGCUGACGCCGGCGCCGUUCGAGCAGCCGUACCGCAGCCGGCGCGAGAGCGCCAUGUUCAUGGGCACCCUCAACCACCAGCCGUCCAAGAGCCGGCUGCGCGAGGAGGCGCAGUACUGACGCGUGUCGGAGUUUUUCGGCCUGCUGAUUUUGGUUUAAUCAUGAGGUUGCGUUCUUUCUUUUUCCUUUUUCAUUCUUUCUUGCUCUUUUCCUUUUGGAAUAUGAGCUUCUUCGUCACAUAUGGAUGGCCACCUUGCCUACCCAUAUUAUACCAUAUUACGCAUACCAUGUGCCCCAUCUUGAUGCUGUCCGGCCACGAGCAAAGAUACCAUAUCUAUCGUU